AUGGUAUGUAUUACUCCUGUCCUACCUUGCGUCAUCGUCAGCAACGUCCUGUUAGUGUUAGCAGUUUACAGACAGUACAGCCUCCGAACACCAACAAAUGCCAUUAUUGUGAGCCUUGCCAUCUCUAAUCUCCUCGACGCCCUUGUUGGGAUUCCACUGCAUAUGUAUGAAUCCGUCUUUGAAUUCGAUGCAUCGUGCGAAAAAAAUACUCGUUACUAUACUUUACCCUUGUAUGCACUAUCUGGUGUUUCGUUCAGUCACAUUGUAGCGUUGACUGCAGAUCGAUUCAUAGCUGUUACGAAGCCGUUACGUUAUGCCAGCCUGGUGACAUAUAGGCGCAUUGCCAUCGUCCUGGGAUGUCUUUGGCUUCUUAGUAUUUUGUUUAACACCGCCCGAUCUGUUAGCUCAGCACAUGGAUCACAUACAAGAGUAGACCAGAAAGCAACGGACUGUAGGGCGCCCUUAACUGGGACGACAAACGUAACCUUCACCUGUUUGUUAGUUUGUGUGAUCGUGAUUUCAAUGGUUGCGCUGCUUGUCAUCAAUGCUUUGAUUCUUCACAUCGCAGUGAAACAAGCGAGAAAGAUUGCGAGUCAAAGAGUGAUCAUUCAGUUCCAACAGCAGCAACUCCCAGUACAAGAUGACCGAUUGAAAGCAUUUAAGACUGUCUCCCAUGUCGUGACAGUCUUCAUUUUCUUCUGGGCCUUGUCAGCAAGCAAUGAAAUUGACGAUGUUUUAGGGGCUUACUCAUUUGCAUGCAUCCUCGUUGCUGUAGCAAAGCCCUUGGUGCGUGAGCUAGAUUAA